ACAGAUGUUUCCUCCCUAGUAGAAAAAUUAAGCACCGCCGUGUUUAAUUCUAGCUACAGGCUUUUAUCUCAGACUACGCAGCCGAUUCGCCUCGAAUCUGGUGCAGGUAUUUCAGCAUCAUUUACAUGCUGGGCAGUGUCCCGACCAUGCGAUACCUAUCGGGGAAGUCAAUAUCCGCCUGUAGGUCCAGGGCCAUCUGUGGCAUUAUUACCCUUGGUUUUCCGACAACGUACAAGGUCUCGCGAUGAACAAGGAGAGCCCGUCGACUGUUGCGAGCCUUACGGAGGCAACUAAUACAAUCCGCUCUUCAGAAGAAGAUGAAUCAACAUUGGGGUCCAACUACCCAAAUGAUGUCUUCCAGAUCUCGCCUACGGCAGCACUGGGUCUGCUGUGCACAGGUAUUGAAAUGCUUGUGGAAUCGUCAGCAGAAGAAGUGGGUUAUUCCCGAGGAGCUGCCGUUCCUGUCCCCGGGCCCCUGGUCCACAGCGACAGUAUAUCUAGCGGGGAAUCUACGCCGAUCAGGGUCACUGGGUUAUGUCGCUCCACAGAAAGCUACGAUGAAGCAGGUCGUCAUCUAAAACAGCAGAGUGUGCUGUCAAAACGCUUCUCUUCGAAACGCCAGCCACCGAUCACGCUGCAGGAGUAUUUGCUGCGUAUGCACAAGUUCUGCCCUAUGUCUACAGGUGUUUAUCUGGCUACAAGCAUGUACAUCAUGAGAAUGGCGACUAUUGAACGGGUGAUAGUCGUCAGCCGGAAGAAUAUGCAUCGUCUGGUGCUUGCUGGACUUCGCGUGGCGAUGAAGUCCUUGGAAGACCUCAGCUAUCCCCAUAGCCGCAUUGCUAAGGUUGGAGGUGUGACUGAGCGCGAACUAUCGAGGCUCGAAAUCAGUUUCUGUUUCCUUGCGGAUUUCGAACUACGAGUCGAUGCAGAUAUGCUCGUCGACCAAAUAAGAUUACUCCGAGAAAUAGGCUGUUGCGGGGAUCCCCUCCGUUGAAAUUAGCCUUGAUACGUCCGUGGAGCGAACAUAGACACUUUGAUCUCCCACUAGGCGAAUGUACUUUGGAGAGGCCUGCAAGCGCCUUGGGGAUGGCGAUGGCCUUGUAGUUCUUGAUUGACUCUGGAAAGGUCCUCCGCAAAUUGGUCCGGGGUGAAUUGUGGGGCGCAUGGUUGGACUGUGGCCUUUCAACUUGAGCAUCAUCUUUUCUGGGAUA